GUUUCCAUUGUUGAAAUGUGACAAAACACCUGUAGCCAUCCAAUAAGACCACCACACACAUUUCUUCAAACUCACCUUAACUUCAUUUACUCACUCUCUCUCUCUCUCUCACUCUCACUCUCUCACACCCACUCGGUUCCUUCUUCCCUCUUCCCUCUUCCCUCUUCCCUCUUCCCUCUUCCCUCUUCAACCCCAUUUUCUUUUUCUUUUCUUUUCUUUUUCAUCCAAACAUGUCCUCAGCAACAUCAUCCAAUCUCAUCUUCUUCUCAAUAUUACUCCUUUCUUUUGCAACAACAACAAAAUCCGACAACCCACCGUGCCCGUAUCCGUGUUACCCACCACCCACCGGAGUCGUCACUCCCACAACCCCUUCAGUUGGCGGUGGUUCCACCGUUACACCGGCACCACCUCAACCCGUCUUAACAUAUCCGCCACCUUCCGGCUCCUACCCUUAUUACCCAACACCGCCUUACGGCGGCGGGGGCGACAACAGCGGCGACGGAGGUGGUGUUUUUGCCACCCCGCCACCCCCUGACCCUAUUCUUCCCUACUUUCCGUUCUACUACAAGAAUCCACCCAACAAGCCAAAAGACAACUCAGCACCGACCAGUUGG